GGCAGGUACAAUGUCACGAGCCAUAUAGGGUACAGGUGGCCACAGAUCCUGGUGGAAUGGCUGAUUUUGGAGUUCGGUGGCCCUUGCCGCACUGUGAUUUAGCUCAGUCGACUAGACGCGCUGCUAGAAGAGUACCCUCUGUACGUACGGCUGGUUGGCAUAUUCGAGAAUUAUACCAUGUCGACGACGACAAACCAGAUCGGAGAAAAAGGGAGCCCAGAGGAAGCGCCAGGAAAACAAGCGGACGGUCCGGAUGCCCCCAGCGUUGCUGACCCAAAAUCGCCUACGGACAACAACAACAACAACAACAACAACGCUACUGAAGGCAAGAUCACAGCUGUCAUUGCGCAGAAUGGGAAUGACUUUGGUGAGCCGACGAAGUCUACAGCUAAAGCUUCUGAGCCAGAACGCGCAGAGAGCAAUGCGGCAGCAUUGAAGCCGGAUAUGGACCAGGAAGAAAGUGGCGACGAGCACCUGGAAAAGGUAGACGAAUUUGUGGACGACGCCGUGUUUUGGGCAAACAAAUCAGCCCCAAAGGGACGACGAGAGACGAAAAAGAGGGCAGAUGUGCGACUCAAGCAAAAUCUAAAGCAUGACGUGCUGACAGAAAUCCGCAUGUCGCGUCUGGAAGAGAGAAUGGAUGCCCUAGAGAAGCGUGACCCAUCUCCAGAGACACCCAAAUCAGUUCCAAAGAGACUGCCCGCAAUCCCGAAGGUGAAUCUGGUCAGCUGGGUAGAUUUCAAGAACCUGCGCGACAGGAAAGAACCUCACCACGCAGUGGACAUUUUACGUGGAGAGCCACUGCUGUUCCACCAGCGUCAGAAGCAGAUCGUCGACAUGGAGACCAUGAAGAAUGGACUGGAUCCCGCAAGCGCGUCAGGGCCGCUGCAACUCUCAAGCAUACCGGAACGUAUUCGAAUAAACUCCUUACCCUUACUUCGAAUUGUGCAGAAGAUUAUUGGAGCAUACGCGUAUGACCGCUCGGAGAGGCCAGUAGUGAUGAUACGUCCCUUCAAGCCUCUGUUCUAUCAUCUUCGGGAGUUUCGGGAGCACGCAACUUAUCUACGACGAAAGUUCGUCGAAUCCGCCCAGGAGGAUAUGGGCGACGGAGAUCAAAACCCUUUGUCGCUUUCUGAAAAGAUACGUCACGGGCCUGACCGCGACUACUUCUGUUAGCUGACAAUAUACAGGAGGAGAAGACAGACGCCGAGCUGAUCGAGUCAAACGAAGCGAGAGAAGACCUGGAGUGCCUUAUUGCAUUCCUCGACAGUUGCUCCCAAUACGUAUCCUAUUUAGAAGCAGACACGAACAAGGAUCCAAGUGUUCGAUACGAAGACCUUUGGCACCUGUUCAAGCCGGGAACCUAUGUUAUAUCGAAGGAGGGCCCCCAAACUCUUUGGAGAGUUCUCC